UUGGCCUUAGUGCUUUCGGAUUCGAGUUGGACCGUUUUCUAUUUCCACAGUUGUUUCAUCGUCUCAUCUGCUAGAUUUUUGGGAUUCUCUCAGAAAAAUGAUGAUGGGCUAUGGCUUGAGGAGGAUUGAAGGCUAGCUGAAUGUUGCUGCAAUAUUGCCUUCAAGGCUUGACAUUUUUGGAUUGAGAAUUGGAGUAAUCUUAAAUAUAUUAAGUGUCCUAGGAUCCCAUCGAUGGAGCCGUCAUCAUCGAUUUCAUUUAAAAGGGCUCGGCCUCCUGGCAGGGGAAACCGAGUACCUUCGUGCUUGGUCGACGGUUGCACCACGGACCUCAGCAAAUGCAGGGACUAUCAUAGACGUCAUAAAGUAUGUGAAGUUCAUUCCAAAACACCAAAAGUCACAAUAAGGGGUCAAGAACAACGAUUUUGCCAGCAAUGCAGCAGGUUUCAUUCUUUGGUGGAGUUCGAUGAAGAAAAACGAAGCUGCAGGAAACGGCUCGACGGACAUAACCGAAGACGUAGAAAACUGCAACCCGAUUAUCUGUCUGUAAGUCCAGGAAGAUGUCUUUCCAAUCUCCAAGGUUUUAGACAUACACAGUUCGGUAGCCACCAAGUGUUAGCCCCUAUUGUCAUAACCUCUUCUUGGUUGGGGACCGUCAAAGCCGAAACCGAUAUAAGCUUGGAACCGGAGUUAAACUUUGGCAACCUAAAUGGUUCCUUCCGUGGAUCUUUACCUCACAACUACAUAGGAGAAGAGCAAUUCUCGUUCUUACAAACCAAUAAUUCCUCACUUCCCGGAGUGUCCAUUUGCCAACCGAUUCUCGAUGUCAAUCCUUCAUCAAGCAAUGGUUGCGAUCGUGCUCGCUGUCUUCUGUCAUUGCAGCUGGCUGAGGCUGGGGAGAUCGGUUUAAGCCCCAUGGUGCAAUCUGGAACAACUUCAUCCUUAAUCCCAAACUUGCAGUUUUCUUGUCUAGCAAUGCAGGGCAAACAGGAGGGAACUAUGCUAGCCACUGAUGACAGUAGUAACACCAACCUCCACGAAAACGAAAUGUUUCGAAAUUGGCGUUCUGGCUCGUUAUCUGCAACCGGGACUCACCAGACACACUCCUCCUCAUGGGAGUAAUAUUCACCAUUGCCAUCCAUUUACCCUUCGAAUAGAUUGGUUUAAGUUGCAAAUGUUAGUAAGUUUAGAACAUUAAUGUAGAUUUUAAAUGAGUUCCCUAUGAUGUAUGGAUCUUUGGAACG